UCAGUACGCAAGCGCAGUCGACGUGCCAAUCAUGUCAAAGGUCGUAAUCCCGAACUUCAAACUCAACAAUGGCCUGGAAAUUCCAGCAUUGGGUUACGGAACUUGGCUUGGAUUAAAUGAAAAGGGAGAAUUCAUAGUGGAAGAUGCACCAAAACUUGUCGAUGCGAUGUCCUAUGCAAUCGAUGUCGGCUAUCGUCAUAUCGACACUGCACAUCUAUACAGAGUGGAACCGGAAAUCGGUUACGUAGUGAAGAAGAAAAUAGGAGAAGGUGUCGUUAAGAGAGAAGAUUUGUUUAUCACUACGAAGGUUUGGACCAGCGACCAUCGUCCUGAAGAUGUCGAGAAAUCCGUGAAAGCAUCCUUAAGGAGACUGGGUCUUAGUUACCUGGACUUGGUGCUUAUGCAUUGGCCGAUAUCAGUAUCUGUAGAAGGUGUGGACGAAAAGAUUGACUACUUGGAUACGUGGCGCGGAUUUGAAUCCGUGUUGGACCAAGGUUUGGUCAAAUCGAUUGGUGUAUCAAACUUCAAUGUAGAGCAAUUGACGCGUCUGCUGGCCAACUGUCGCGUAGUUCCUGUAGUGAAUCAAGUUGAGAUAAACCUCAACCUUGGUCAGAAGGAACUGGUCGAUUACUGCCAGAAGAAUAAUAUAUUGGUGGUAGCCUACACACCAUUCGGUAAGAUGGUGCCAAGCAGACUGGAUACCACCUGCCCAGCGGUUAGACACGACGACCCAAUCAUGUUAAGCAUUGCAAAGAAAUAUGGGAAAACUGUGCAACAGAUAGCCUUGAGAUAUCUUUACCAACGUGGUAUAUGCAGCAUACCAAAAACCCUAACCGAAUCGAGAGUCGUGGAAAACGCCUCGAUUUUCGACUUCCAAAUCGACGACACCGAUGUUGCCACGCUGAAAAAAUUCGACAACAAUUACCGUACCGUUCGUCCUGUUUUCUGGCAGAACUUCAACAAUUAUCCAUUCGAUAAAAUAGAUGUCGUUGUACCUGAAAUACCGCUCAGUUUGAGGAAGUGGAAAAAUGGCGCGAAUCUUGAUAUCGAUUAACUUUGAAGAUGUAAUUAAUGUAUUUAUCAUCAUAAUUAUCAUGGCGAGGUUCACAGACUGCUGGAACCAGCCACCGUCUUCUUCAAGGUUAAAUAAAAAAAGGUUCUUAAAGGUUUGAUUCUGAAGGUCUACUAUAUUUGUUUCUAAGAUUGAGCAACUAGUACAAAUACACACCAAAGUUAUUAUUAAAAUUAAUAUUUUAUUCCAAAAAAACCGUUUUCAAAAAUUGUCUUCUUCUUAUUUCUGAAAUGGUCUAUACGAAUGAAAUUACUUCGUUUUUUAAAUCAAUUAAAAACAAUGAUUUAAUAAUCUAUAUUCAAAUCGUUUCCGCUUUCUGUCUCGCAUUUGUAAUAUUAAUAAGCUGAACAUUAUU